CUCCCUCUCUUCGCUCUCUCUCUCUCUGUGUCUCCUUGCCACUGCAAACCCUCGCUCUCUCUUGGCCAAACCCACUCAAAACACACCUUAUAAUAUUUCUCCAACAAUCUUAUAAUAAACCCGAGAGAGAGACUCCCUGACUCAAAAAGCAUUGCCAUUCUCGGUUUAAAGUACCCUACUCGCACUUUCUCUCUAGCCUCUUUUGCACAAAACAGCCACUCUUCAAUGGCUACGCCACUGCUUCUCAUGGCCUCUGGCCAAACCGCGAGCGAGGAUAACACCGGAGCCCUGUUCGGGACCGAAGGAAUCAAACCCGAGGCUGGAAAAACCCGAGGGAGAAAGUCCAGCAGAGGACCAAACCAGAAAAAACAACCCCAGAGAGGACUCGGUGUCGCCCAGCUUGAGCGCCUCAGGCUUCAAGAACGCUGGAAAAAAAUUACAGAAAUACCCCAGGUCCAGUCCUUUAACCAUCUCGAUCCUCAGCGUCAGUACAAGACUCCAAUAUUACCUUGCACCGACCAGGUUGGGUCUGUGCCGGUGCAGUUCGGGGCACCACUGUACUGCGCACCUACACCGGUUGUUAAUGGCUGUGGGGGUCUGGUUGUUCAGAGGGUUGGAAAUGGAGGUGGUUUUGGGGGGCUGUACUAUGGUGGGUCUUCUGGAAUGGGAGCGGUAGUGAUGGGUGACCAGGUUGGGAUGGAUGCGUAUGGUGGGAUUGGGGAUCCGGAUCCGAGAGUUUUUGUUGGGACUGUGUUUGAGACCUCGAAAGAGCUCUCUUCAAUGCCAAAGAUGCACCAUGGGCCUCAGCACUGUGAUGUCUGCUUCAAGAAAAAGUACUUCAAUGGGAGAAAUAUAGGGUUUAAUGGAGGGAGAGAAAACUAUUCUGAGAUUUCUCCACUGAAAAAUGAUAGCUCUCAUGAUUUUAUGGGAUCGAAUCUGGAAAACAUCCCAAACCAGCUCACUGAAGAAACCUGCAAUUUUGGUGGCACAGCUCCAAGCCGUUCCUGUCGCAAUCUUGAUGAUCAGGGUGUAGAGGUUGUAGCUGUUCACAGGAAGGGAAAUUCAAGGGGGCGCGGAAGCGUUUUGAUGGAAUAUGAGUUUUUCCCUGGAAAAAAUGGCAGAGGCACUUCUUCCAAGGCGCUUGAAGAAGCUUCGGUUGCUGUGGAUGGUGAAGCUUCUUAUCUUACAUCUGCUGCUUACAGUUCCACUUCUAAUUCUGUUGAUUUGUCUCUCAAGCUUUCAUAUUAG